AUGGACGCAUACGAUUUCAUUACGAUGGUCAACGAGCUCUUCCGCUCCCAACAUGCGUCUCAAAUCGCAGCAAUUAUCCUCAUUAACUCUCUCAUUUCAUUUGAUCUUCGUGCCGAUAGGGUCGUGCUCAGCGAUGCCGACCGCGAGGCAGUUCUCUCCCUCUCUCAAGAGUUCCUUUACUUGGCUGCGCACCUGCGCGUCGAAAUCAACUUUGCCCCUGCCCUUGGAAUUCCAGAGCAGGUCCUCAGGGAUGCAUAUGGAUUCGGUGUUGACCUGAAGCACAUGUGCAAGAAUCCAAAGCAAUCCAGCCGGGCGCGCAUGAUGGAAGCCCACACACUGCUUUGUUACGCCGCAAUCGUGAGGCACUUCCACAGCCAGCUGACUGAUUGGGACCUCUCCCAAAUCAAAGACACAUUCCAGAAGGACCGGGGUGCUCAUCGCUCCAUCAACCGGACAUGUGGGGUCGGUGCUCGUCGGAAACGAACCGGCCAGAGGAUAGUCGACGCGUGCUUGCGCUCGACACACUUUAGGAACACAUCCACCUCUACAGCGACGAGCACGGCCACCAGUGCUUCGGUCAAGACAACAGCCACAAACACCACGAACCUCUCUACCUCGACUCAAACAACCUCGAGCAACGCUAGCUCUCGCCGAUUAUACACAGUUGAUGAACAAGAGGUAAAUCCUCGACCUAGUUUGAGUAAGAUCAAGGCCGCACGUUCUGCGACCAACGCACAGUGGAUUUGA